CAAGAUGUUGGAGUACAUAAGAUUUUUACUCACUUUGGUGUUUGUCGCAGGAUUAAGUUCAUGUGAGAAAUACAACUGCUUUACUUCUGAUUAUAGCGAUACUAAGCAUACAGAUAUGGAGAUUAAAUGUAGAGAAGGCUGCACUGGCAUUGUUCCAAACUGUAAGCCACAUUGUGCUAAGUGUCCUAUGAACAGUAAGUGCACGAAACCAAAUUUUUGUGAAUGUGACUCCGGGUAUAGAAAGAGGAACGAAACUGAGCUCAACAUGGUGCCAUACCAGAAACUGACAGACUUACAGAGUUGCAUACCCAUUUGCAACGAGGGUUACACAGUGGUUGUGAAUAGCAAUGGGACUGUGGGUAGCUGCACAAAUUAA